AUGAAAAUAUCAUCAUUUACAUUUCACUAUAUUCUAACAUGUUUUCUCAUCAUUCUAACCCAUGCAAAAUCUCAAUCUCAUUACAAUCUUAAUGGUCAAGAACAUGAAACCCUAAUGAAAAUAAAACAACACUUUCAAAAUCCACCAAAUCUCACUCAUUGGACUUCAUCAAACACCUCUCACUGUUCUUGGCCAGAGAUCAAUUGCACAAAUGGUUCCAUCACAUGGUUGUCUUUGGCCAACUACAACAUCAGUCAAACCAUACCCUCUUUCAUAUGUGACCUCAAAAACCUCACACAUGUUGAUUUCAACAACAACUACAUACCUGGGAUGUUUCCAACAUAUCUAUACAAUUGUUCAAAUAUGGAGUAUCUUGAUUUGUCUAUGAACAAUUUUGUUGGAAAGAUUCCUGAUGAUAUUUUCCGUUUAUCUAAUUUGAAUUAUCUUAAUCUUAGUUACACUAAUUUCAUUGGUGAUAUUCCUUCAAGUGUUGGAAGGUUAAAGGAAUUGAGAUUUCUUGCACUUCAAGCUUGUUACUUUAAUGGAACUUUCCCUGACGAGAUUGGAAAUUUGUUGAAUCUUGAAACAUUGGAUUUGUCGUCGAAUUCGUUUAGGCCUUCUGAGUUGUCGAUGAAUUGGACCAAGUUGAGUAAAUUGAAGGUGUUUUAUAUGUAUGGCUGCAAUCUGUUUGGUGAAAUGCCUGAGCCAAUAGGAAAUAUGGUUUCUUUGGAGGAUUUGGAUUUGUCAAAAAAUGGUUUAACUGGAAAAAUUCCUAGUGGUUUGUUCAUGUUGAAGAAUCUAACCAGAUUGUUACUUUCUAGAAAUAGUCUUUCCGGAGAGAUGCCUGAUGUGGUUGGCGCGUUAAAUUUGACUAUUAUUGAUCUUGCAGAGAAUCAUCUUACAGGAAAAAUACCAGAUGAUUUUGGAAAGCUUCAGAAGUUAACUGGCUUGUCUUUGCCUGUGAAUAAUUUUUCAGGAGAGAUUCCACAAAGCAUAGGUCGUCUUCCAUCUUUAAUUGAUUUGAAGGUCUUUAUGAACAACUUGUCAGGUACACUUCCUCCUGAUUUUGGCCUUUACUCAAAGCUAAGAAGUUUUGACGUUGCAACAAACAGUUUUAAGGGAAGGUUACCGGAGAAUUUGUGCCAUCAUGGAGAGUUACAAAAUUUAACUACUUAUGAUAAUCGUCUAAGUGGUGAGUUACCAGAAUCACUUGGAAGUUGUAGUAGCCUGUUGGAGGUGAAAAUUUACAAUAAUGAGUUUUAUGGUAAAAUUCCUAAUGGUCUUUGGAAAGCUGAAAAUUUGGUGCUUUUUAUGGUAAGCAAUAAUAAGUUCAGUGGUGAACUUCCUCAAAACUUGUCUUCAAAUAUUUCACUUUUUGAUAUAAGUUACAAUCAGUUUUAUGGUGGAAUUCCAAUUGGAGUAUCUGAUUGGACUAAUGUGGUUGAGUUCAUAGCAAGCAAGAAUAAUCUUAAUGGAAGUAUUCCUCAAGAGCUAACAGCACUUUCUAAACUUGAAAGACUGUUGCUUGAUCAAAAUCAACUCAAAGGGUCACUUCCAUUUGAUAUAAUAUCAUGGAAGUCAUUAGUGACACUAAAUUUGAGACAAAACCAACUCAAUGGAGAAAUUCCGGUUUCAAUUGGUGAUAUACCUUCCCUUAGUGUUCUUGAUCUAUCAGAAAAUCAAUUCUCUGGCGAAAUACCUUCUAUACUUCCUAGACUUACAGAUUUCAAUCUAUCGUCCAAUCAUUUAAGAGGAAGAGUUCCUAGUGAAUUUGAAAAUUCAGCUUAUGAUAGAAGCUUUUUGAACAAUUCUGGUUUAUGUGCUGAUAUCCCAACAUUGAACCUUACCUUAUGCAACUCUAAUUCCAACACUCAAAGGAAAAGCAAAGACUCGUCUUUAUCUCCUACAUUGAUUGUAGUCUUGGUAGUAGUUUCCGUCUUAGUGGCUUCAUUGAUAUCACUCAUGAUUAUCAAACUUCACCGUAAAAGUAAGCAGGGAUUUGAUAACUCAUCGUGGAAAUUCACUUCAUUUCAAAGACUAAAUUUCACCGAAUCAGAUAUAGUAUCUUCAAUGACAGAACAUAAUAUCAUCGGAAGAGGUGGAUAUGGAACGGUUUAUAGAGUUGUUAUUGACGGAUUAGGCUAUGUAGCUGUGAAAAAGAUCUGGGAAAACAAAAAACUAGACAAUAAUCUUGAGAAAUCAUUUCACACUGAGGUUAAAAUAUUGAGCAGCAUUCGGCAUCGAAACAUUGUGAAAUUGUUGUGUUGUAUCUCUAAUAAUGAUACAAUGCUACUUGUUUACGAGUAUGUCGAAAACCGGAGUCUUGAUAGAUGGCUGCACAAGAAAAAUAAUAUUAAGUCUUCAAAUAUGCUGUCAAGUUCGGUUCAUCACGGUGUUCUUGAUUGGACAAAGAGAAUGCACAUAGCUAUUGGUGUUGCUCAAGGUUUGAGCUAUAUGCAUCAUGAAUGUUCACCACCUGUUGUUCAUAGAGAUGUGAAAACAAGUAACAUUCUUUUGGAUUCACAAUUCAAUGCAAAAGUUACCGAUUUUGGUUUGGCUAGGAUGCUGAUACAGCCUGGUGAGCUUGCUACUAUGUCAGCUGUUAUUGGUUCAUUUGGCUAUAUGGCUCCAGAAUAUGUUCAAACAACAAAAGUUAGUGAAAAGGUUGAUGUCUACAGCUUUGGUGUUAUCCUAUUGGAGCUAACGACUGGCAAAGAAGCUAAUUAUGGUGAUGAGCAUUCAUCUCUUGCAGAAUGGUCUUGGCAACACAUUCAAGCAGGAAGCAAUAUAGAAGAGUUGCUUGACAGAGAAGCUACGGAACCAAUUCACAUAGAUGGAAUGUGCAAAGUUUUCAAACUUGGUGUUAUGUGUACUUCAACACUUCCAUCUAGUAGACCUUCCAUGAGAGAGGUGUUGCAAGUAUUGCUUAACUUUGGUGAAUUUUUUGGUUAUGGAGAGAGGAAUGUUGAACAUAAUAAUGAUGUUGUUCCACUUCUUAGAAAUUCGAAAAGAGAGUCUAAGUUGGAUAUUGAUAAUGAUAGUAGCUAG